UAAAUUUGCUUUGACUUUGUUAGGCUGAUGCCACUGUUGUAACUGUACUGGAGCAGUUUGGCUAAACAUUCUGCUGCUUCAGGAGUGCAGAUCUUCUGUCCUACAGCUGGGAUAUUGCCUGAUUCCUUAGUCUUUACUGCAUCAGCUUCCCUCAACUGGUUCUUGAAAUCUCGUGGAGCAAAUUGGAUGUCUGAAGACUGUCUUCUGUGAUGGCAGAGAUUGGAUGAAGAAGUCAAGGUGAAUCACCCUCUCAGCACUUUAUCAUUGCUCAACUAUAAGUGCUUCAACCUUAUAUUUAGAAUGCAGAUGCUGGUUCCUGACGUGGUUGUAGGCCAUUCAACCCACUGAACCAAUAAUUUCCCUCAAAGCAGCCUCAUCAAUUUCAUUCCUUCCUCCUACAUCCGCAUGUUACUUCUCACACCAAUCCAUCAACUCCAUCCUGAUUUCCCCAUCAUCCGCCUACUGUUGUCUGUUACCCUAACAACAGCUCAUCUGGGAUGUGCCAGAUCAUCAGAGCACCUGGAUUGGUCACAGGAAGUACAUGCAAAAUUCACACAGACAGCUCCAGAGGUUGGAAUUGAACCCAGGGUGCUGGAGUUGCUGAGACACUGUUACACUUGCAACAGCUUCUUGGGUCUCCUCCUUCCAAUGGUAUUAGAGUAUAGUUCAAGCAGCACACACAAAAUGCUGGAGGAACCCAGCAGGUCGGGCAGCAUCUGUGGAAAAGAGUUUUGGGCCGAGUUUCUUCAUCAGGGCUGGAAGAGUCCUCAUGUUUGUUAGUAUUAUUUUGUAGGUUGUGGGAUCACUCAUUUCUGUCUGUAGUAGGCUGUGAUUGCUAUUUGGGCUUUAUGUGCCUACGCCCUGCAGCUUCACCGAGUUGGCACUUGGUUUUCAUCUGAGUCCAGUGCUGCUGUCAACUUGCCUUUCGACAUUGCUGAUGGAGUCAGAUUUGGUUGUAACAAUAGAGUGGGGAAUAUGAAGGAUCCAGUGGUUACUGUGUACAUCUCUGCCGCUGCUGGCGGUCCAUGGGAUCUCAUGGACGCCCAGUUUCAUCUGCCAGAUCUCGGUCUCUCUUAUUUAGCAGGAUCGUGUUGCCGCACAGACAGGAAGGAGUGCUCAGGGCACAGCUGGGGGUUUUGUCUCCACAAGACCCGUGUGGAAAUCACGCGUACCGGUGCCACGGUGGCCUGGCGCAACUAGAUCGGAGAGUGCUAUUCAGUGGGGAGGAGUAGUGAUUUGUCAUUUGAGGGAGGGUGUUAAAUGUAAUCAGGACGAGAUUAUAAAAUACCGGUUGAAAUGGAAACCAGUUUGAUUUCUCCAAGAUCAAAACUAAGCGCAAUAGCAAAUAUAGAAUUGUCCAUUUUGUCUCAGAAGUUUACUUGUAAUUAUUUUUGGCAGAACUCAGCCUAUUGCACCCUGACGAAGGGUCUCGGCCCGAAACGUCGACAGUGCUUCUCCUUAUAGAUGCUGCCUGGCCUGCUGUGUUCCACCAGCAUUUUGUGUGUAUAUUGCAAGGAAGUUUGUUUUAUCCUUUGAAAUACAAAACUGGCAAGUUUAGUGCUAAGUGCCACCCUGGCCCACCUACGGAAAGGGGCACAAUCCUAAAUCAGUGGCGAAAUUAUUUAUGAGGGCUGGUUAGUGAGGCAAAUCCGCGGAGUUCUUCUUCCGACCGCUUGGAAUGAAAUUGCACUUGGCAACUUGAGGAACGCGCUUGCAUAGACACAAGUUGGUAAAGUACCUACGGCAGACAUUAGUGCUCAGCAGACAUGUAACUACGUUAUGCAAUCUAUCGCUUAGUUAUUGUUAGUCAUUCGCCGACAGUUAUUCUUGUUGUGUUAGGCCAAUGUAAUUGAUUUAGUUGAGGAACGGGGCGGGGUGAAGGCGGUCACUUUUCUCAGGAAGUUAAUUAUAAUAGCAGAAUGAACAGGGUAGUAUUCGGCGGCGUGUUCCGCGGUUGACGGUCUCGGUCCGGCGUGGUUCAGCAUAUCUUCAGCGCUCCGGCCGAUAUUUUAGUCUCGGCAUAAUGGGCGGAUCUGUCUCCAGCUUGGAUGAGAGUAAAUGCAAUUAUAUCCGAGGCAAGGCUGAAGCAGAACUUAAGAAUUUCAGCCCUCAUUACCAGCGGCAAUACCCCGUGACCUUUUUCAAUCACAUUCGGCAUGAGAUAGAGCAAGGCGGAGAGGUCCAACCCCAACUACUGCGUCAGAAGGAGCCAGUAGAUACUGGGACAGUGGUAUAUGAACAAGUGGUGAUACAAUAUGUGGAAGAAUUGAAGAAAUGGAGAGAUCGAUACAUCGUUGUAAAAAAUGACAACAGCAUUGAAUGCUAUGAAAACAAGGAUGCCUAUCGUAAAGGAGGUGGCCCAAAAUGUAAACUACAUGCCACUGGCUGCAGGGUGUUAACAUCCAUGGCUGAGUACACCCUGCUGGUGGAUAAAUAUUUCCCUGACCCAAGCGGGACCAAUGGGAAAGAUGGUAAUCAGUGCCUUGUUGUUAACCACACCCAAUAUCCAGUCUAUCUGUGGCAUCCGUUUCGAAAACACAACUACUUCUGUUUUGAGAAUGAGGAGGAACAACAGGGAUUUGGUGCUGUACUUAAUGACUGUAUCCGUCACCUUAAUUAUGAAUUUGCAAAGCAAAAUUCAGUUGAAGCCCAAGUGUUUUCAGAAGCUAUUCAAUUCUUCAGGCAGGAGAAAGGUCACUAUGGGUCCUGGGAAAUGAAUCAUGGUGAUGAAGUGUUGAUCCUAAGCAACCUGGUGAUGGAAGAAUUGUUGCCUACCCUGCAGAGUGAUCUUUUGCCAAAACUGAAGGGGAAGAAGAAUGAAAGGAAGAAAGUCUGGUUCAGUAUUGUGGAAGAUGCUUACAAUUUAGUACAGACCCAUCUGACUGAUGGUUUGCAAUCCCUGCGUGACGAAUGCAAAAAAACCAGCAAGGAACUGGAGGGGGUAAUUCGCUCAGAUAUGGAUCAGAUCAUUGCUUCAAAGGAAUUCACAGCCGGAAAACUUAAAGCGACGGUGACGGAAACGGCUGAGCAGUGCUGUGUUGAGAACAUCCGACCCUACCUGGCUUCUGUCCUGGAGGAGCUGAUGGGGCUGGUCAGUUCAGGAUUCAGCGAAGUCCGCGCCCUCUUCGAAGCCGAGGUCAAUGAGUUGAGCCCAAAGUAUCAGAAUGCUGAGGACGAAGACAAACUGAAGGAGGACCUAGCCCAGCUAAUGAAACUUCCUUUCAAUGCUGUGAAGAUGCAGCCUUGCUAUAAUAAAGUCAGCCCUCUUCAGGACCAGCUGCAGGAGCUGAAGAACCGCUUCAAGUUCACCAAUACGCUGUGGCUUGUUCAAACCACUCAAAACUUCAUGCAAGAGCUGAUGGACAAUGCAGUCUACACUUUUGAAAAACUGUUGAAUGAUUCACUGGCGAGCAAGACGUCAAAAACCGUAACCUCCAUUGAAAAGGUUAAGCAGCGAGUCUUAAAGCAAUACGACCAUGACAGCAGCACGGUCAGGAAGAAGUUGUUCCAGGAGGCCUUGGUGCAGAUUACAUUGCCAACGCUGCAGAAAACAUUGGCACCAAAUUAUAAGCGUGAGCUCCAGAAAUUUGAGCAAUACAUCUUUGCAGAUUAUACAAAACUGGUGCAAGUGGAGAAUAUCUAUGAAGAAAUUUUACUUGACACCAUUAUCAAGGAGGUGAUCAAAGUGGUGCAAGAAGCUGCCAUUUUGAAAAAACACAAUCUAUUUGAGGACAAUUUGCCUUAUACCAGCGACAGUGAUGGCAAUCUCACUGAUAAAAAUGAAGGAAAGACACCACCAGGUUCUCAACCCAGGAGCCCAGCCAAAACACCACCUAAAGACUCGUGUGCCGAGGGAAUGGAAGUGGGUGAAAAAGUGAUUUCUCAGAUUUCUGCUCCUAUAUCUGAUAUUCUACUGAACGAAAAACCGGAAAGUGAACAAUCAUCAACUUCUCACGAGAAAUCGGGGAAUGAAAUUCUUCACUCCAAGCCAAAUGGAAUGGUGGUAACUGAACUUGAUGUAAGUGUGGUAGAGGAAUCUAGUUCAACUGCAGGGAAUUAUCAAGAAGGUGGAAAUGCAGUGGAAUUAAACAGUACAAACAAUAAGGAGAACCUAUCAAGAAUUGAAUGUCAGGACAGGCAGGAAACUGAAAAAGAGAAGGAAAAUGCAACCACUCCAGCUCCUGAUAGUUUAAAAGAAAUACAUGACUUGCUGACCGUGGCAGUUGUGCCAACUGAGGAUCAGGAACCUUUGCUGUGCAAAGGAAAUGAUGCAAGCCAUGUUGAAGUACACACUGAAUCCAGUCCAAAAGUAGAUGAACAUUUGGAGGGCCAAAGUGAAAUGAAAAGUGAAGAUGUGACAUCAGUAGUUGAAUCCGUGGAAGUUCAGCCAGAGAAAGUUGAGGAAUCUGAAGUAAAAAACUUGCUGGUACCAGCUGAAGAGCUUGUGGAAAGACAGAAUAGGGAAGAUGAACCCAAGAGUUUAACUUCAAUAGCUGAUGAACUUGUGGAAGGUCAGGAUAAGAAAAAUAAUGAAUGCAAGGGCUCACCAUCAAUAGUUGAUGAACUUGUACAAGAUCAAAGUAAGGAAGAUCAGGGCAAGGAAGUUAAAGAGGAUGAAGAGUUACAGUCAACAGUUGAUGAAGUUGUGGAAGUUCAGGGUAAGGAAAAUAAUAACAAUGAUGGCUCACCAGUAGCAGCUGAAGAAGUUGUGGAGGUUCAGGAUCUGGAAAAUAAUGAGGAGGAAAAGUUACAGUCAACAGUUGGUGAAGUUGUGAAGUUUCAGGUUAAGGAAGGUAAUGAGGAGGAAAGGUUACAGUCAACAGUUGAUGAAGUCGUGAAGUUUCAGGUUAAGGAAGGUAAUGAGGAGGAAAAGUUACAGUCAACAGUUGAUGAAGUUGUGAAGUUUCAGGUUAAGGAAGGUAAUGAGGAGGAAAAGUUACAGUCAACAGUUGAUGAAGUCGUGAAGUUUCAGGUUAAGGAAGGUAAUGAGGAGGAAAAGUUACAGUCAACAGUUGAUGAAGUCGUGAAGUUUCAGGUUAAGGAAGGUAAUGAGGAGGAAAAGUUACAGUCAACAGUUGAUGAAGUCGUGGAGGUUCAGAGUAAGGAAAAUGAUAACAAUGAUAGCUUACCAGUAGCAGAUGAUGAACUAGUGAAAGUUCAAGAUGAUGAUAAUGAGUGCAAGGGAUUAUCAUCAACAAUUAAUCAACUUGUGGAAAAUGAAGAAAAGGAGGAUAAUGAAUGCAAGAACUUAUCAUCAACAGUUGAUGAUCCUACAGGUCAGGAGAAGCAAGGUAAUGAAGACUUAUCAACAACAACUAAUGAACCACCACAAGGUCAGGGUGAGGUGGCUACAGAAGAUGAAAAAAAAGAUAUGUCACAGAAAGCAAGUUAUUAUCCAGAAAAUGAAACUUCUGCUGAUAGUGUUGAGUCUGAUGCAGUUUCUGGAACAGCCCCAACACUGAUCAAGGAGGAAGCUGAAGAAAUUGCUUCUAUACAUACAGUAAACACCGAAGUACCACAUGCUGCUUCUGAAAAUGAGGAAGAAAAAAUGACCCAGAAUCAGGAUGAAGCUAAAGAAGAUGACAAGAGUUCUCAGAUGUAGAUGGUCACUGAUGUGGAGCAGAAUGAAAGGAAUUAACUAUGUAUCAAUAUUGGGACCAACCUAUCGCUAUCAAAAAUCAAUCAACUGAAGCACCAGAAACGGAAAUAAAACUUUAUUUUCAAUGUAAGAUGUCCAAAAUGCCAAAAGUUCUUUAUCUAGAUUCAUAAUCCUUUCCAGAUUAUGCCAGACAUUAUAUUCUAAUUUGAUUUAAAUCUAGAAGAUGUUUGUUAAAACCAAGGAAAAGGACCUGAGUUACUUCCAUUUAUUUAUUCACUGCCUGUUUCUUUAUGUGAGUUUCAGUUGGCUAAGCAGUCACAGCCUGAACUGCCUUAACAAAAGAGAGAAAUUCCCGUAUACAAGUGAUUCAAACAAUAGCAUGAAAAAAAUAUAGAAAGAGUUAAUUUGAAUGAAACAGAUUAUUGGAAGAGCUAGCUAUUAUGUAAAUUCAAAAGAACUUGAAGCAUUUAAUGAUUAAAUUCUUUGGUAAUUAUGUUAUGUGAUGAUGACAAUAAUUAUCUACACAGUAUAAUGGGCUAUCUUCAUGAAAGAUUAAGGUGGCUGUUUCAAUGUAAUAUACAUAGAACAAUUCCUUGAACUUUCUGCAUGCUGUGAACACUUGUAAUGCCAUAUAAUUUCUGUUUAUGGUAGAGAAUUGAUAGAGUCAGAAAGUCACAAGGUUCUAUAGUACAGUCCAUUGGGGUCACCAUGUCUGUGCUAACCUUUUUCAUGAUCUAUCCAAAACCUAUUUACUUGCCUUAGGUCUGUAUCCUUCCGUACCUCGUCUAUUUAAGUGCCUGUUCUAUACUUUGCCCAUUUAAGUGAUCAAAGUCAUUAUGGCUUUAGCCAAUAUAUUAAACUGUAACCAUUUACUAGACUGCACAGUUAUGCAAGCACCAAAAAUUAAUUUUGAAUUCAGAGUUUCAUCUAUCAUUCCUUUUCCAUUCAAAACGUACACAACUAGCUGCAUAAGUGCAACAUUACUAUCUACUGACAAAUUUAUAUACAGUAGUCUUCUAUAACAGCAUGACCACACAUUCAUAACUCUCCAAAUAACCCUAGCAAACAAUACAGCUAUGUGUUUUUGGUUUAAAGAAGUCUGACAGUCUUAUAACAGUCCUUACCUGGAUGUAGUGGAAAUAGAACUAGUUCUUCAGGCAAGCUAUUGAGUACUAACUAAAGCAAGAUUAAUUAUAGGAAGUGAAAUGUUUUUGAUUGCAAUUUAACCUUUAAUAUUAAAUAGUGCUGAAAUUGAGGCUAAAGGUUAUAAAUUCUUGAAGGCAGGUGCUAAGGGUGCUGAAUCAUUUGUAUUUGUUUUUUGAUUAUGGAUCUUGUGUUUGAGAGGUUGGAGCUAAAGUUAUAACAAGUUAGGUGCAAAGGGGCUGAAUAAGUGACCAAGGUACAUGUAAAACUCAAAGCUUUCAGAGAGAAGGCACACCUAAGAACAGGAAAGCUUUUUUUGUCUGUAAAUCCUCAGUCCUUAGGUCACUGUAGGAAGGAUAGUUGAGGCGUAGGAAAGCUCCACCUUUGAGAUGUGGGAUUUCAGGGUAAGUGACCGUUUCUCUGAUGACUACGCCUGCAGGAAGUGCACUUGACUGACAGGGAUGAGGAACUGGAACUGGAAGUGGAUGAACUCAGGCCAAUCCAGGAGGCUGAGAACCUCACAGAUGAAACUUUUACUGAGGUGGUCACACCCAGAGUGCUGCCUUCAGUAGUAGAUGAGUGACCACCAGGCAAAGUAUAGGGAGCCAGCAGUCAGGAUGCAGUUCUCCUGUGCUCAUUCGUCUCAACAACAAAUAUACCCCUUCGUAAAGGUGAAGGCCCCAUCAGAGCACAGCAGGAGCAGUCAGGCCGUUGGUACUGUGGCUGGCUCUGAGACUCAGCAUGGAAGGGGACAUUCAGGCUGAGCAAUAGUGAUAGGAGACUUGAUAGUUAAUGGGAUGAGCAGAGGAUUCUGUGGCUGUAACAGAGAAACCAGGACGGUGUGCUGCUGCCCAGGUGUUAGGGUCCAGAAUGUCUCAGAAUGGUUGCAGAAUAUUCUGAAGGGGGAGCAGUCAGGGGUCUUGGUGCAUAUUGACGCCAAUGACAUAUUGUAGAUAGAAAGGGGUCAGAGGUCCUGCACGGAGAGUAUAGGGAGUUAGGGAGGAGGCUGAAGAGCAGGACUUCAUGGUAGUAAUCUCUGGAUUACUCCAGUACCAUGUGCUAGUCAGGGUAGGAGUAGGAUGACAGUACAGAUGAAUGAGUGGCUGAGGAGCUGGUGCAGGGGACAGCAUUUCAGAUUCUUGGAUCAAUGGAACCAAUUCUGGGGUGCAUGUCACUUGCACAAGAGUGAUGGGUUGCACCUAAACUGGAGGGGAACUGAUAUCCUGCACAGGAUGUUCACUAGUGCUACUCGAGAGGGUUUAAACUAACCUGGCAGAGAGGUGGGAUCCAGAACACCAGGUCAAAAAGUGGAGGGAAGAGGAAGCUAGUUGCCAGGGCCAGUAAAAACAGGCAGGAGCAAAGUACUAGAUACAAUGGGCCAAGCAACACACACACAAAAUGCUGGAGGAACUCAGCAGGCCAGGGAGCAUCUAUGGAAAAACAUACAGUCAUGUUUUGAGCCGAAACCCUUCAGCAAGCCUUGGCCAGGAACAUUGACUGUACUUUUUUCCAUAUUUGCUACCUGGCCUGCUGAAUUCCUCCAUCAUUUUAUGUGUAUUGCUUGGAUUUUCAGCAGAUUUUCUCUUGUUUGAGGUACAAUGGGAUGGAUAGUUUGAAAUGUGUGUGUGUAUUUUAAUGCUAGGGGUAUUAUCAGGAAAGGUGAUGAACUUAGAGCAUGGAUCAGUACAUGCAACUAUAAUGUUGUGACCACUACAGAGACUCGGUUGAAAGAGGGAUGUGAAUGGGUGCUUAAUGUUCCAGGGAUUUGAUAUUUAGAAAAUAUUGAGGAGGAGGUAAAAAGGAGCCGGGGGGGGGGGGGGGGGGAGGUUGCACUCCUAAUCAGGGAUGAUAAGACAGCUGCACUCAGAGGGGCAUAAUGGAGGGCUCAUCUACUGAGUCUAUAUAGACAGAACUCAAAAAUUGGAAGGAUGCAAUUACUCUGAUGGGAUUGUACUACAAAUCACCCAGUAGCAUAACAUUGGGGAAGAGAUAUGCAGGCAGAUUAAGAAAAGGAAUGAAAAACCAAUAGGGUUAUUGUCAUGGGGGACUUCAACUUCCUGAAUAUAAACUGGAACUUCCUUAGUGCAAGAAAUUUAGAUGGGGCAGAAUUUAUUAGGUGAAUCCAGGAGGGUUUCUUAAAUCAAUAUGUAGGUAGUUCAACAAGAGGAGGGAUUGUACUGGAUCUGAUAUUGGGUAUUCAGCCUAGCCAAGUGAUCGACCUUUCAAUGGGUGAGCAGUUAGAGAACAGUGACCACAGCUCUUUAAGUUUUCAAGUAGCUAUGGAUAAGGACCUUGUAGAUGAGUAUUAAAUUGGAGCAUUAGACAGGAAUGAGGGAGAGUUAAUUGGGAACAACUGUUUUUGGGCAAGCCCACAUCCAACAUGUGGAGGGUGCGUAAAGACCAAGUGCACUGAGUAUAGGACAGGUAUGUUCCAGUCAGAAGGAAAGAAGGAGGUGACAAGGUAACAGAAACUUGGACGUUGAGGGAGGUGAUGAAUUUAGUGCAGAAGAAAAAGAAGUAUCCUUUAGUAGCACAAUCCAAAGUUAUUCACUGGAAAAUAAGAGAACUUUUCAAAAAUACAUCAAUGAUCAAUGGUAAAGCAGAAUGAGCCAAAAAUAUAGUAAUUUGUCUUAUCACUUGAUCUUUCAUAUUUUACACAUUUUACUGCUUUCAACUCCAUUGGUGAAUAUGAACUAUUUAAGGUUCAAUUGAGGGGCCCUGGUAGUUUCCACAGAGCUGAUGAAGCACUUCAACAAUAAACAGACUUGAGUCCAAAAUGUACACCUGUUAAAGUUCAGUGAAUUGUAAAAUAUCAUCUCUAAUUAAAACGGUUUUAAAAUUGCUAACAAACUGAAGCAUUUUGCCAAAAUUUCUCUUAUAGAAUAUGGCAAUAUUGUGUGGUGAUAGUGUCUUACUGAAUCUACUUAUACACAAGGUAACCACCUGGUAAACAGUAUUUUAAAUCAGUGUUUCCUCUGAGCUUCCACCAUCUGAAAAUUGAGUUAUGCCACAAGUAAAACUUCAGUAUUCAGUUAAAAGUUGCCCUGCUUGAGGGAAGGAAAGCUCCAUGUCAAAAACCUUGAUGUUCUUUAUUCUGCCAGCUUCUAGCAACUCUUAGCUUCUGAGCUAUGGUUGGAUUACAAUCAAAAUGAUUGGAUACAAACCAUCAUAUAUGAAAACAGACUCUUGUACCAAUUUAACCUUUAUGUAUUUCCACGCAGCAGUAAUAUUUUCUUGCUGUUUGCACUAUGCAGAAUAAUUUCAAUGUAGAUCCUAGACAAACAUAGGACAUGAAAAGCAAAAGAAGGAAUUGGUCAUAUAGUUCUUUACAACUGUUCCAUUGUUCAUUAAGAAUCAUGACUAAUUAUUAACCUCUGCACCACUUUCCCUGACUAACAAUAUAUUCCACUACAUCUUCAAUAUCUAUAGUGACUGAGCCUCCACAGUUUCCUUGGAUAGAGAGUUUCAAUGAUUCACUACCUUCUGCGAAAUUUCUCUCCACCUCAGUCAUGAAUACCCUAGCCAGAAAACUAUAUAAUUUUAGUAACAUUCUUGUCAUUUUCCAAAAGUAUUUUAUAUGCUUCAAUGAGAUUUACUCUCAUUUCUCUAAGCUCUGGAGAGUAUAGAUCCAACCUCACAGGACAAUCCCUGAUAUUUUGACAAUAAAUCUGGUGAACAUUCAUUGAUUUUCCUCUAUUGCAAAAAAUAUCUUUCCUUAGGGAAUGAGCCUAGACCUGUACACUUUCACUGAGGUCCCAUCUAAGACAUCUUUAUUCUUGCACAUAAAUUCUCUUACAAUCGAGGCCUAUAUUUCCUUUACCUUUCUGUUUGUUUCCUGUAUCUGCAUUUGGCUUUCAAUGAUUCAUAAACAAGGCCUUCUUGAAUGUUGAAACAUUUCCAUCUCUCAUUCAUUUUGAAAAGUACUACUUUUCUAUUUUGUUUACUGUCAUUUCACAUUAUUAAUUUAAAACACUUAACAAGGCUCUCCUGCAAUAGUGCAGAGUGUGCAUAUGUCCUGCAGUGUUGAAAACUGAUGGAAUCGCAUGUAAUAUUUUAAUCAUAGUUUUCCAUGUUCUGCAAAUUGUUUGACAUUUCCACUGUAAUUAGCACUUCCACAUGAGAUAAGUUUUUAUAUUGUUCUUUUGAUUUUAACAACAAUACAGGCUUUUUGUAGUAAAGUGAGUAGGCAAAUUUUAAUGUUGGAAAUAAGGUGUUAGCGGUUAUCUUUUGAAAAAAAAAAUUUCAAUAAUUUUACUGUGCAUGAACUUUAAAUAUAAACCUUGUUGCUAUUACAUAGCAGGAGGAAGGAGGCUCUGAAGACAAUUUAUCUUUAAAUGUAUUAUGUAAAAUAACUUCUAUGGAUUUUCUGAAUUAAUUUGGAUAUAUCAGUAAGAUGAUACUGAAGGAAGUUGUAAAACUAGGUAUUUUAACUGUCAAUUUUCUGUGUGAAGCUGAUAAAUUCUCUUCCAUGACUCUGUACGUUAAAGACCUAUUUCUUCAAUAUGACUUAAUUUUUUAAAUUAAUACAUCAUUAAAAUUAUUAAAAUCUA